AAACAAAAAACUAAAAACCGCCAAUUCGUUGCCUCUCCUUGGUUCAGUCUCUGAACUUUGAUGAGAGUCCGGUGACGAUCUCCUCCAGUAAUGGGCGCUCUAAACCCAACUAAAGCCCCUAUACCACCUCUACCAAAACCCCUUCUCGUCCCCAAGUCUCCUUUUCUUCAUUCAACGUUUAAACCCCAUCAUCCUUUUCUCUACACUGCCCAAAUUUGCAGUACAUACAACAAGCGGAGCCUGUCCUUCAGCGUAUGCUCUAAGGUGACGAAAACGUCUCAAGAUAACAGCACAAGUAAGGAGAUAACAAAGAAGAUUGUGGUUUCGGAGUAUGCGCCGUCGGUGUCGGAGGAUGGUGGGGUGCCCGGGAAUGGGGGAAGGCCGGCAAAGCCGCGGAGUGCAACCGUGGUUUUGGGUUUGGUGAAGAGGUUUCCCAGAAGGGUUUUGGCAGUUUUGGCUAAUUUGCGUUUGGCUAUUGGAGAGAUGUUCGCUAUUGCCGGCUUGAUGGCGCUGGGGACUGUCAUUGAUCAAGGUGAGGCUCCGGAUUACUAUUUCCAAAAAUACCCUGAAGAUAAUCCUGCCUUGGGAUUCUUCACUUGGAGGUGGGUUCUUACCCUUGGGUUUGAUCAUAUGUUCUCAUCACCUGUCUUCCUUGGACUGCUGGUUCUCCUGGCUGCUUCCCUGAUGGCCUGUACUUAUACAACUCAAAUCCCCUUGGUUAAGGUUGCAAGAAGAUGGACUUUCUUGUACUCUGCUGAUGACAUUCGCAAGCUGGAAUUUGCAGACACUCUUCCAAGAGCAUCAAUUCAAGAUAUGGGCGUUAUUCUGAUGGGAGCUGGUUAUGAGGUAUUCUUGAAAGGACCAUCUUUAUAUGCCUUUAAGGGACUUGCUGGUCGUGUUGCCCCUAUUGUGGUGCAUUUGUCAAUGCUGCUGAUAAUGGUAGGUGGAACUCUUAGUGCUACUGGGAGCUUCAAAGGUUCGGUCACAGUUCCACAGGGACUAAAUUUUGUUAUAGGAGAUGUAUUGGGUCCAGUUGGCUUUCUCUCUAAAUCCACAGAAGCUUUCAAUACUGAGGUCCAUGUCAACAGGUUCUUCAUGGAGUACUACGACAGUGGAGAGGUUUCACAGUUCCGCACUGAUCUUUCAUUAUUUGACCUUGAUGGGAAGGAGGUGUUGAGGAAAACAAUAAGUGUAAAUGACCCCUUACGGUAUGGUGGGAUCACCAUAUACCAGACAGAUUGGAGUUUUUCAGCACUUCAGAUACUUAAGGAUGAUGAAGGACCUUUCAAUUUGGCUAUGGCACCUCUAAAGAUAAAUGGAGACAAGAAGCUUUUUGGGACCUUCUUACCAGUUGGAGAUGCUGAUUCUGAUAACGUCAAGGGAAUAUCCAUGCUUGCUCGUGAUCUACAAUCAAUUGUACUAUAUGAUAAAGAGGGGAAAUUUGUUGGAGUUCGGCGGCCAAGCUCUAAUCUUCCAAUCGACAUUGAUGGUACAAGAAUUGUUAUUGUGGAUGCAAUAGGCAGUAGUGGCCUCGAUUUGAAGAUUGACCCGGGGGUACCAGUUGUAUAUGCUGGAUUUGGUGCUCUAAUGCUCACAACUUGUAUCAGUUUUUUUUCACAUUCACAGGUGUGGGCCUUGCAAGAUGGAACUAUGGUGGUUGUCGGAGGAAAGACUAACCGAGCAAGAGGUGGAUUUCCUGAGGAGAUGGAUCGGUUGCUUGAUCAGGUGCCAGAAAUAACUGACUUAUCUUCUACUGAGCAGUCUGGUCACACAAGUGGCUAGUCUCAAGGGCAUGAAGAAGCAAGAGCACUUGAGGUUGGAUUCAAUUACACUUGACAAAGUUGAUUUGUGGAGCAAAAUUUCAUUCACGACUGUGACAAAGCAAAUUGAUUGGCCUUCCUAAAUAUGUACAGUAACUGGUAUAUUUUCACUUUGGUAUUUAUUGUUCAAUACCCCGAGAUUUUAUAUGUAUUUGUCUUGUAUCCACCAAUUGUUGUGCUGAGCAUAGUACUUUGUCAUACAGUGCAUUAUGAAAAUUUGUACACCAAAAGUACAUUAGCAUUUCUUGAAUACAGUAUCAUUCUUUGUUA